CUUCCCUAGCACAAUGGAAAAGAAGCUAAGAUGGGGGAGUCUCCCUUUACAUGAAAAUUAAUUAUCUGGGCUCAAAGUUGGAAAUGCCUUUGACAUUUUAUUUGUCGAAAGAAAUGAGGGAUGGAAUAUUAUCCUAGAAACUCAUAUCGCGAAAUAUUUAUCGUGUGUUUGUAAGGGAGAUUUGGAAAAGAGGUCUCGAGAGUGACAGAAGAGAGCUGUUUAUUUUUUGGGGGGUCUUCGACCGAGACUGCGAAAAAGAAGAGAAGAGGAAAUUUGGACAAGGGAAACAAGACAGCCUCUCUUUCCAGACGGCAAAGGGCUACGGUUGCCCGAACUCCGACUAACCGACAGACAUGGCUCAUCUCGACAUUCGGAACCAGAACUCGCGUCUGGAUCCAGAGGAGUACUUCACUAAGCUGGAGCGGAUUGGUAAGGGCUCCUUCGGCGAGGUCUACAAAGGCAUCAACAACCGCACCAAGGAAGUGGUAGCCAUCAAGAUCAUUGACCUGGAGGAGGCAGAGGACGAGAUUGAAGACAUCCAGCAGGAGAUCACUGUCCUCAGCCAGUGUGACAGCCCCUUUGUGACCAAAUACUUUGGCUCCUAUCUAAAGGGUACAAAGUUAUGGAUUAUCAUGGAGUACCUGGGUGGAGGCUCUGCUUUGGAUUUGCUGAAGCCUGGACCUCUAGAGGAAGCCUACAUUUCUACCAUCAUACGAGAGAUCCUCAAAGGACUGGAUUACUUACAUUCAGAGAGGAAGAUCCAUCGUGACAUUAAAGCUGCCAACGUGUUACUGUCGGAACAUGGCGAGGUCAAGCUUGCUGAUUUUGGGGUAGCGGGCCAGUUGACGGACACACAGAUCAAAAGGAACACGUUUGUGGGCACGCCUUUCUGGAUGGCACCUGAGGUCAUCAAACAGUCGGCAUAUGACUUCAAGGCGGACAUUUGGUCUCUUGGAAUCACAGCCAUCGAGCUAGCAAAAGGGGAGCCUCCAAAUUCAGACUUGCACCCCAUGAGGGUCCUCUUCCUUAUCCCCAAAAAUAACCCCCCCACCCUGGAAGGGACCUACAGCAAGCCCUUCAAGGACUUUGUCGAAGCCUGUCUAAACAAGGACCCCAGAUUUAGGCCAACAGCCAAAGAGUUAUUGAAGCACAAGUUCAUCACACGCUACACCAAGAAGACGUCCUUCUUGGCAGAGCUCAUUGAUAGGUACCGUCGGUGGAAGUCGGAGGGACACGGAGACGAGUCAAGUUCAGAUGAUUCAGACAUGGACGGCGAGGGAGAUGACGGUGAACAGUGUCCCAUGUGGACAUUCCCCACGGUACGGCCCAGCUCGAUGAACAAGUUACAGAGAGGCCUCAAUCACCCCGAUGCAAAGAUGGGAGACGCAGUGAAGAGACAGCCCAAGUCCCCCUCCCUGACUGCUCUGAUCGUCCCCAUAUUCAGAGAGCUGAAGGAGAAGCGCCGGUCGGGCGGUGGCAGCGUGGGCGCCCUGGAGGAGCUGGAGAACGCUUUCAACCUGGCCGAGGAGUCGUGCCCGGGCAUCUCGGACCGCAUGCUCACCCACAUGAUGGACAGAAUGCGCAGGUUUUCACUCAACGGGAACACCGCCCCCUCCUCACGAUGAGACUCUGCAGCUGCCAUCCUUUCUUUUUUUCUCCCAUCCCCUCUCCUCAUCUUCCUCUCCUGGGAGAAGGCCAUAUGGACAACGCCCUCCCCCCCCCCCCAUCCCUCUAUUAUUCUCCUCUUUCUCUGUCCCACCCUGCCCAUCCAUCAUCAAACCAACCAACCAUUCAACCAACGCCACACAUCAGAUUUUAAUUAGAGCUUACAAUGACAGAUUUUUUUUUUAUUUUAUCAUUUUCUUUAUAGAAUAAUGAAUGUUAAAAGUAAAAAUAAAAAGCUCUGUAUUGCAAAAAGAGGGAAGAAAACAGCUGUCGUAAACAGUGAUCCAUGUAUAUAUACCAUGUCGUAAACAUUAAACCGCACGGAUGUGUUAAAUCAAGAAA